AAGUGCUUCGGGGACUGUCUCGUUAGUUUUGUCGGAGUUAAAGCUCGUUGAAUUUCUCCUAUAUUUGGGAUCGAGAAAAAUAAUCUUUCAAUUAUUGCGCAUAAUGAACGUCGAGUAAUUUAUAUAGUUAGUAAAUUUGUAUCCUUGACGUAUAAAAAUCAUCAUGCCAAAUUAAUUGCCGCAACGUUUCCUUCCCUCCUGCCGUGUAUAUUCUUGUUGUGCGCAUCGAUUCAUCGAAGCUCGAUUCAUCGCCGUCGAACGCCCAUCCCUACUUCGGGGCACGAUCGCGUGCACCUGCUUCCUGGGCAGAGAUCAGAGAAAUGGCAAACGUACAGUAGGACGUAAGUUCGGGACAAUUGGAUGGUGGUGUUGACUCGUUGGCAAAAGGAAUAAGAGACCAGCCGAAGCCGAUUAGUCUGACGUGAAGGGGCAGGUGUCAAACCAGACGGAACACCGAAUACUCUUCGAGCACCGCAGGCACGGACGCUCGUAGGAGGUUAUAAGGCAUCGUUAUUGGCACCACUAUGAGGACUUUCUCCGAUGAGGCGAGGGUGAGCGUCGCUUGUGUACACGAUUGUCAACGUAUGCAGCUGAUUCGUUCGAUCUCCGCUGAGACAGCGACUUGCUCGCACGUCCGUACCUCUGAUACGUCAAUCGUCCCGCGUGCUCGACUGGCGUGCCGUUCAGCAGAUUGUUGUCGAGAAACGAAGAAUGCCUGGAGGUUUUAACAAUUGUGUGUACAUAGCGAAGCGCGCUGUAAUGAGUACACACGUCUCUCGAUGGUUACGCGCGGCUGUUGCUCCUGAUCGCCGCUGACUUACGACUCAACAUCGCCUGUGAGACAACGUUUCGAUAUUCUCGAUCCGGUAUUUCAGGACGUACAUAUAUGGAUUUCAUCGCUCUAAAUAUCGUCGUAUACAGGGUACAAAGUCGGCAAAUUAGCGGUGGGAUAUAGAAUGGUUGGAUUUAGCGCGAAGUAUAUAUGUAGAGGAAAUUUAUAGUUUAUGUAUAUACCAUAUGCAUACACACAUAUAUAUAUAUAUAUAUGUAUUCUGUGAGAUGCAACAUAUAUGUAGCGGAAACCGAGGAUUCUCAUACAGUUCACGGUAACAUGACAUAAUUGUUAGCUUAUCGCCGAUACAGGUGUGAUACUGCUCAAGAUAAUCAUGUUGUGCAAUGACAAAUGACACACGUGUCGAGUAUAUGUAUAUGUGUUGGUGACUACAUUAGUGAGUUAAGUAGAAGAGAACAAUGUCUGUUCCUUCUUGCUCCACAAGUGAAGAGUGGGAUAGCGCAGACAUCGGGGAGGAGGUGACAUACACAAAAUGGGAACGUUUCAAUAAUUGGGUGCAUUGUAUAUGCAUUGUUACUUUUGAUCUUGAAUUAGGCCAAGCUAUAGAGGCGAUUUACCCGACUCAUAUUAAGCUAUCGGAACAAGAGAGAUCCAAUGUCUGUUACUUAGCCUUCCCCGACUCCAAUUCCGGUUGCAUGGGAGACACCCAGUAUCAUGUGCGAAUAAGGCAGAGCAGCCAAAUGGUGCAAGAGACCAAUGCUCUCAAGGAUUACGACAGAAGGUCGCCCUCUUUUCUACAAACCGACAGAGAUUAUUACUGGGGAUAUGUGUAUUUUAGACAAGUGAAAGAUAAGUCUUUGCCAAGGGGAUACUUUCAGAAGAGUGUCGUCAUAAUUACAAAACUGCCAUUUGUCAAUCUGUUCGGCGAAUUGUGCGCCCUAAUCGCGCCCGAGUUCUUCGAGACUGGAACUGCGCUCAUGGAAGCCGUGGUGCGCGAGAUCGAUCAGUGGCCUCCGCCGAUCCCAGGCCAGAUAGUUCAUUUACCUCUCAUCGGUGUAUUAUUUCAGACGUAUAUCCCGAACCAAAAUUACAAAGCCACUAUCCCAUCGAUCGCUGCCAUGGAACAUGCACCGAACGUGCACACGACGCGAAGACUGAUGUUGACGUCAGCUUACGAGGGAGAUAUGUUCCGUAGUUUAGCCAGUGUCGUUAGUUACGUACAUUUAUUAUGGGAGCUGGUGCUCCUCAGCGAGCCGAUCGUCGUGAUGGCCGGCUCGCCCACUACAUGUUCCGAGAUGGUUCAAGCACUCAUAGCCAUGAUCGCGCCGUUGAAAUACUGCUCCGACCAUCGGCCGUACUUCACCAUACAUGACUCGGAGUUUAAAGAAUACACCACGGACUCCCCGGCGCCGCCCGCCGUGAUCCUGGGCGUGACCAAUCCGUUCUUCGCCAAGACGCUGCAGCAUUGGCCGCAUAUCAUUCGCAUAAGCAACGGCAACAACAGUGAUCAGCGAUACAAAAUCAAGAAGUCCGAGAAUCUCAAGGUGCUGGACUCGAAGCCCGGCGUCUACACCCAGUACAAGCCGUUCCUGCAGAAGGACAAGACCAUCCUGAAGAAGCUGUUCAGGGGCGUGCAGACGAAGCGGCCGGGCGAGGUGCAGACCGCGCUCUUGAAACGCCACCUGAUCGAGCUAACGGAGAGCUUCAUGAUUCCGCUCGAGAGAUACAUCGCGACGCUUAUGCCGUUGCAGAAGAACAUAUCGCCUUUCAAGGCAACUCCGACACCGCAAAUGUUCAAUCCGGACGACUUCCUGGCUAGAUUGAGCAGCUCCGGUCCUCAAUUGACUACGGGUAUCAAGGGCGACUGGGUGGGAUUGUACAAACGGUUCUUCCGAUCACCCAACUUUUCCGGCUGGUUCCACGCCAGGUAUACGGAAUUGAGCCAGCAGUUGCAACUCAAACAGCUGGAGAAGCUGUCGCAUGCGGAUCUGAAAACGUGGGUGCAAGGGAAGCAGGAAGUGGAGGUGGUCGAUAUGAUUCUGAGAAUCCGACAGAAGCUGGAGAGGAGUUGCAUCGACGACGUGCCGAUCGACAACUCCGUAAGGGAGAGGCUGAAGGAGAGGAUAGACGACAUCACGCACGUAUUGCCGGACGAUCUGAAGGUCAUCCUGAGACACGAAUCUUGACAGUACGAUUACACUAUCAAUAUCAAAACUCGCUAACGUUGCAAUUAAUUCUACGUAAACUGGGCUCACACGCGGAAAAUUAUUUGGAGGCGACUCUCAGAGAGUGCGUGUGUAACUUGUUUAACACUUUGCGGGCCGCUGUCACGCUGACGUGACUUUUGCUCGCCAACGACUUUCGGCCGCUAUCACGCUGGCGUGAUGGUUUGACGAUCAGGAAACAUUGUUUUCAACUGUUUUCCUCUCCCAAUUCACCAGACUGUCUAUUAUUAAAAUCUUUUUUCGCGGACGCUUGUUUUGUCAGUUUGAGAUUGUCUUUCGCUACCUUCAGAUAUAGGAAACUUACGUUAGAUAUCCCUCAAAAUGCCAAUACCAAUAUAAUUGGAAUAAAAAUAGUGUAACAGUUAUUUUAGUGCCUUCUUUAAUAAUAAUUAUAUACCAAUUACUUAUGUAUCGAAAAAUUGCGUAAAUAUCACCGUUGGCGAGCAGUAGA